AUGGCGCUAGCAAAGCUCUACGCGGCCUGCACCUGGCUUGCAGAUGCGCUAGAGCAACAUCGGAUCGACGACCAGACUCUAAGUCGCACACACUCAGCCGUGGUCUCGGGUUUGAGAUCCGUGAACCCAGGGGCAGGCGAAGAGAAACAUAACGUCUCGGCUCUCAUGCCUCCUCUUAUCAGUCAUGUGUAUGAAGUGAUUCAGAAAGAACGACCCGAUGGCUUCAAGACUGCAAUUCUUAGCACUCUUGCAGAUGCGACGCGCGAAGUACCAUUUUGGCGACCUCUAUUUGGUCUCGAGGCCAAACCCAAUCGUGAUAUCAACGAGACCCAAGCGGGAGGAGCGUCUCCACCUGACUGCAUCGUUGAAGUUGCAAGGCGGGUGGUCUCUGAAACAGCACAAACAUCAACAAGCGAGCAAACAAGAUCAGCACUCCGAAUCAUCGCCAAUUGUUGCGCAGACAAUAAUACCAAUCGAUCCAUCAUCAUCGAACGUGGUGGCAUCGAAGCACUGCUAGAAAUGAUCAGGCAGGGGCGAGAAUGCGAUCUUGUCGUUCCCACUCUCUACAACAUCUGUGUUGACUACGAUGAGCCCGCGAGAGAUGCAGCAGGACGGCCAUUAAUCUCCCUUCAGGGGAAGACAGCAAAAGGCAACGAAGCAGACUUGAACGCGGCCGCCAACCGCGCGGAGCAGAGACUCGGCACAUACUGGUCGCCGCAUGCGAGACUGACGUCCUUUGAAAUUUUGCUCAAGGCCAAAGAUUCUGAACAGGUUUCCACAGACACUCUGGCCGAUCUCAUCGAAAUGGCUAGCCGGAUCGCACUCUAUGAAACGCGCGAUUUCGUUCACAAUAUUGAUGGAGAUGGGCCGGGUGGGACAUUUGAGGUCGAUACAACCGCAGUCAUUGUUCACGCGUUAUUGACGCAUGGCUUCGAGCUCGCGCAAGAGGACAUAGACUGCCGAGCUUCGAUGUGUCAAGCCGUUCUCAACCUUCUCCCACAACCGGACUCUCGCAAUAUCAUUGCAGGGGACCCCCGCCUGGUCUGGAACCUGAUCCACUUACCUCUGGCGACGGACGGCUUAGAGUCUGAGACUGACGAUGCUAAUGAGGACGAACAAGGACUGGCUCCAUACCGAGAAGCGAUUCUCAAAACCACUUACGCUGUCACCGCGGUGGGACCGUAUCAUCAAAUGUCUGGAUGCGAGUCACCACUCAUCCAAACCUGCAUUACCACCCUUGAAACGGGAGGACCGCGCGACCUCCUAGCCAGCAUUUGCGUGCUCCUAACCAACAGCGUCAUCACCAAAGAACGGGCCGAGAAACUUGUCAAGGCCGCACCCAAACUUCCCAGUUUCUUGUCCGAGUGGCUGGUCAAGACCACCGCCUCAGCAAGCCUUCUUCCCGCUCUCAACCUUGCCGUGCGGCUCGCCCUGUGCCGCGAGGGACAAGUUGCAUUUCACCAAGUCAACAUGGUGUCAGCCAUGGCCGUGCUCCUUGCCUCGCCUCCAAGCCAAGUGGAUUCUCUCGGACUCGAAAUACAGAGCGACGCGGUGGUCGUAGUGAGGUUGAUGAUCAAGGGACGCAUGGAAUAUCUCUCUGACUUGGUAUCUACGAGAGCCGACGGAUCACGCACAUCCAUCAUGGCCCUGAUAUUUUCUCUGUUCGAAGAGACCAGCCACGCGCGGACCAAGACCGAGAUAGGGAGACUGUCGAUUGAAAUCCUCCGCACACUACUUUCGUCAUCGACUUCAGCCGUCACCGCCGACACAGACAGAACAAGCCGGGUACGUGAAGAUGACAACAAGGCCGAAUCACUCUUCCAGUCCAUCUUUCCGGCGCAGCACUUGCCACCCUCGCCAUCACCCACAACAACCACGGCAACGCCAGACUCAAACUCAAACUCGCCGCCGAGAACAACAAUCGCUGACACGAUAUCUUGGAUACUGACACAGUCAGCGUUAAGCCCGCCGCCCGACGAUCCACAACAUUCAUCAUCACCAACCCAAAACGCAUCAUCCCUCCAGCAGACCGAAGGGGAAGCCUGGUUCGGGCUCGCGCUCCUCGCGGCUUUCCCCUCGACACACGGGUCCAUCAGAGCGGCCCUGGCGCGGGACGACUUUCGCCUGUUGACGAGACUGCGCGAGAUCGCUUCUGCCUCUGCCUCUGCCACUGCACGGUCCUCUGGCGCCGAGUCAUCGCCACUACUAAAAGAAGGGAGAAACGACGAAAGGGCCGUCAUCGCCGCCGCUGUCGCCGAAGAGCAAGAAUCAGCUAGCAGCCGAGGACGCGGACCUAAGAGCAGGCACGGAUGGGAUCCGAGGUAUGAGAACAUCAAGGUCCUCGUGGCGAGGAUCGUUCAAUCACAAUUCCAACCAUUGAGCGCGGGCACGAACCCUCCAGGGCCAAAGCCACCAUCAUCACCAGAAGCCAUGGAAGUAUCCGCGAGAGAACCCAAACCCGAACCCGAACCAGACACCCACGUCCGCGUCCGCGCCGUUCUCGAAGCCACAGCUACAGAACUCGGUCUAGCCUAG